AAAUCUUACUGCAAGCGGAGAACCUUUGGGUUGAAAUAAACAAAACCACAAAACAAAAGUUGUGCUUGUGCUUGUCAUAUUCUGUUCGUGUUCUUUAACCGGAAAUCAGUCAUCUUAGCUGUAGGUGAACAUUCCAGAGUACAGCUAGCAAUUUAUAUUUUUUUAAAAUGACAAGUUAGGCUGAGAAAACUUUAGAGGAAAGAUGCCUGAUGGUCGUGUUUGCCCUGAUCAAUUCAGGGGACACUUAUGGAAAUGGACAAAUUAUAUUAAGGGAUACCAAAAGCGAUGGUUUGUCCUAUCUAAUGGCUUGUUAUCAUAUUACAGAUCUCCUGCUGAGAUGAAUCACACAUGUCGUGGUACAAUCAAUCUGGCUGGUGCAUAUAUAGAUACAGUUGAUUCGUGUUCGUUUGUAACCAACGGAGGAAGCCAAGUGUGGCAUUUAAGGGCUGGUUCUGAAGUUGAACGACAAAGAUGGGUUACAGCACUUGAGUUAGCUAAAGUUAAAGCUAUUAAAAGUUUAGCUUCAGGUUGGUGCUAUGUUUUCAAUGGAUUGAUGCCUUCUUAUAAAGAUGAUGACAGUGAUAGUGACAGUGAAGAUGAAAUUACCAUUAAAAUGAUCAGCACAAAGUUAGACGACCUUAACACAUGCCACAAUCUAGUUAACAACCAUGGAGGAGCAUUGCAAAAAGCUAUAGGUGAUCUUGUUGAUAAGGAUCCAUCUCGAGCAGCAACACCUCUUGAAAAAACGCAAAAAGAUAUCAAAGAUGUGGCUGCACAGAACAUGCGUUUGGUUAAUGAGAAAGCACAACUAUUUCGAAUUACAUCGAAUGCCAUGAUUAACGCAUGUGCAGAUUUCCUAGAACUAGCACAGUCAUACGAGAGAAAGUUUUCUCGCCUUCUUAAUACUGAGCGAGGAAAGAGAAUGAGACUGGAAGAGACAGUUGAAACACUUGCCAAGCAGCAUAUACAAUUGGAGAGAGCCUGUGAAAUUGAAAAAGUCAAAGAGAAGCAAAAGUCCUCAACAACGGUUGAAAGUCCUACCAUAAAAACAUUUGAAAUGGCUGAACACGAUACUGUUGAAAAUGAAAAUGAGUCCGAUGAUGAUUUGUUUGAAGAUGCAAUGUCAGACUUUCCUGAGGCAUUUCCUGGUCACACUUCCCCUGAAAAAGAGCAGUUAAAUAUAUACCGGGACUUUGAAGAGUCCACUUCAUUAAAUGAUGACUCGUCUGUCGCUUCUGGGGAAAUUUCUAUGCAAUGUUUGAAUGAAAACACUACUGCAAAUUUUGACAUUAAGAGAUCUAACUCAGAACAAGUACUGACACAACAAAAGGAUUCUGGUCAUCGUAGAUGGCUAUCAGAGGAUGUAACUGGUGGAACUUUUGGUGCACUGAUCCAACGAGAAGACAUACCGGUUGAUAAACCAUACAAACAUCACAGACGGCAUAUACCAAAUCGACCGAACGCUAACCUUAAUUUAUGGAGUAUUAUGAAAAACUGUAUUGGAAAAGAAUUAACUAAAAUACCUAUGCCAGUAAACUUUAAUGAACCACUUUCAAUGACGCAGCGUUUAACUGAAGAAUUAGAAUACUCUGACUUACUCGACCGUGCUGCAUGUUGUGAAAACUCUCUCGAACAAAUAUGUUAUAUUGCUGCUUUCUCUAUAUCGUGUUAUGCUUCUACAGCCAUCAGAACUGGAAAACCAUUCAACCCUUUACUAGGAGAGACUUACGAAUGUGAUCGAUCAGCAGAUAUGGGUUGGACAUCUCUUGCUGAACAGGUUAGCCACCAUCCUCCCUCAGUAGCUCAUCAUGUGGAAGGACGAGGAUGGACGUUAUGGCAGAACUUCACUAUGAGCAGUAAAUUUCGUGGAAAGUAUUUGUUAGUAUCACCACUCGGCACAGCACACUGUAAAUUCGCGAAAUCAGGAAAUCAUUACACAUGGAAGAAAGUUACAACCUCUGUAAAUAACAUUAUUGUUGGCAAACUUUGGAUAGACCAGUCUGGUGAGAUGGAUAUAAGAAACCAUACAACUGGUGAAAAAUGUCAUCUUAAAUACCACGCGUACAGUUAUUUCUCAAGAGACGCUGCUAAGAAGGUUACUGGUUUUGUAGCAGAUGUUAAUAACGUAACGCGUUAUGUUUUAUCUGGUAUCUGGGACCAAAAAGUAGAAUGUGGAAAAGUUAUUUACAAAGAGCCCCACUUGGGCGGUUCUAAAGCACCUCAAGGAAUGCCCACGUCGAAAUCAGGGAAUCCUCAAACUUUGCCAGCUCAGUUGUUGUGGUCGAAAAAAGCAUUGUUAGCUGGUGCAAAACAGAUGUAUUAUUUUUCUGAAUUCACUUGUUCCUUAAACGAAAUGGAACCUGAUGUUUGCCCGACCGAUUCCAGAUUAAGACCAGAUAUAAGAAAAAUGGAAGAACAAAAUUUCGAUGAAGCGAACCGAGUUAAAUUGCAACUGGAAGAGAAACAACGCGGAGUUCGUCGAGCGCGCGAACAGGAAGCGCAAAUGGCUGUUGAAGCUGGAAGAGUGUACGCAGGUUACAAGCCAACCUGGUUCGAAUAUACUGAGGAUGAACAUAGUGAUCUGGGCAUAUACGUCUACAAGGGCGGAUAUUGGGAGGCCAAAGAGAAACAAGAUUGGGGAAAUUGCCCAGAUAUUUAUUUACAGCCACCGUAAUGACGAUUUAUUUUUUAAUUUAGGUGACACUGUCAAAGCAAAAAUGUUUACGGAGAUGCAAAGCAUGAAAAAUUCCCCAACGUAGAGGAUUUUCGUAUAACGUUUAGUUUCACGAUGAAAUUUUUGCUAUGUUUUAUACCAAUACCUUCGUACUGUAUUAUCACGUAUUGAGGCUUUUUCUGUAUAUAAAAAACUCUUUACUUUACAUACAAUCUUGAAACUAUAGUCUUUAUCCUCAAGUAUAGGAAAAAAGAUUUUCUGCAAGAAAUCACUAGUUUAUGUUUGCGCGGGGUGAGGGUUGUACUUUCAGAGAAUAAAUUUUAGGGAACCGAAAACUCACUAUUCGCAAAAUUUAAAAAAUGAAUACUAGCAAGUUUUAAUUUUUUUCUUAUUUAAAGGACGGUACACUGAGGCAGUUUUAAUACAUUUUUGGCACAGAAAGGUCCUGAAAAAUGGUAUAUAUCACAAAAACAUUUUUUAUCGCGAUAUCAGGACUUCCUUUGAAAAGUAUUUCGAGAAAAUUAGUUCUCGCAUAAAUGUUUCCCCUCUCGUAAAUUUAAUAAGAAAAAAACUGUCUUUCUCACCAAGACUAUUUUUAUUAUAAUUUCAUUUGAAACAGUAUUUCUAUACAAGUUCGACUUUAUGCUGAAGUUGUUGAAUAUUUUCCAAUGUUAUAACGUUUCGUUAAUACGUCUUUUUGAAUUUUUUUCUGUAGUUAGGUAGAAUGGAUCGGUGCUAUAAAACAGGUCAAUAUAGAUUAUAUAUUUCUAACGAAUGGAGAAUUUAUUUGUAUAUAUAUAAAAAAAAGACUAAAAUUGUAACUGA